AUGAUUGAUAGGUCUGAUGUGGAAGAAGUUGCUGAAGAUAAUCUUGAAUCUGUGAACAGUUCAGUGUCAUACUCAGAUGAGAGCAGCGAAUUGAUAGAAUGUGGAAGUUAUCCUUCAGUUGUUGGACAGUCGAAAAAGUUUGGAGACAAUGCUCGAGGUUCCAAGAAAACACCCUUUGUAUCAAGAAUGUGGAAAGCCAUCUCGAACCUCAGGGAUCUAGCUAUGGUGGAAACACGUAACCAAGAGAAGACGAUGCUCGAGCUGGUCGAGGAGAUCCGCGCAGGUCAAGAAAACCAGACAAACGAGUUCCGUCAACGUAUUGACUCACUCGACGAACGCUACAACAAACUUGAAAGACUCGUCUUUGAACACGUUUCUCAAAUCCAGGCGCAAGGGAAACAACAGUUCAACGACACUGGUGGGUCUCAGAUGAUGGAUCCGACCUCAGCGGAGUCAACCCGACCCCCAGAUCCCCCAAAUCUCCAGCGAUUCCGUCAGUACACACCCGGCGACCGUUCAACCCCACCUCAGAAUACUCUCUCCAACAGGCUGACAAAGCUGACCUUCCCAGCCUUUGAUGGUACGGAGUUUCGUGACUGGAUCUGUCGUUGCGAACAGUUCUUCGACAUUGAUAACACAGCCCCCAAGUUGAAAGUCCGACUUGCUGCUAUGCAUAUGAUCGGCAAGGCCCUUCAAUGGCACAGGAACUACUUAGCUGAGCAGUUUGGGAUCUUUCCAUCUUGGACAAACUACAUCAUCGCGCUCUCAGGUAGAUUCAACGGCCUCUUCGAUGACCCUCUGGCGGAUCUCGUCGCGUUGAAACAAGGCACUGACUCUGUUCCCGAGUAUCUGGAGAAGUUCGAGAACGCAAGAACCCGACUUUCCUUACCAGAAGCUCAUGCCUUAAGCAUCUUUCUGACAAACAUGAACCCCCACCUGUCACUCCAUGUUCGUCAGUUUGGCCCUACAUCUCUAUCUGAUGCUGCAAGAAUAGCUAGCCUACACGAGUCUUCUUUGGCUGCUACUCCUCAGCGCUCCUACAGGGCUCCCUUCAAUCCUUCUCAACAGCAGAAAAACUAUGGUGCUCCGUACAAACAACAAACACCACUGUUACCUGCUCCUGAGCUACCAAACCAUACCACUAAACCUACUUUCAUCCCCAAGAGCAACACUGAUAGACCUGCUCGCAAGUUCUCUUACCAGGAGAUGCAAGAUCGCAGAGCCAAGGGACUCUGUAUGUUUUGUGAUGAAGCUUUCACACCGGGGCAUCAACUAAAACACAAAAGAUCUCAGAUUUUUGUCAUGGAAUGCGAAGAUGAGGAUGACGAUGAGGACCCCUUGCUCGAGAAUGAGAAAAUCACUGAUCUCACUGAUGAGGAAGCUCAAGCUGAGCCCACUCCAGUUAUAUCUGUCAAUGCUCUCAGUGGCUCCACCACAUUUAACUGCAUGAGAGUUAUUGGGAAGUAUGGAAAGCGAAAGCUUUACAUACUGGUAGAUCCGGGAAGCACACAUAACUUCUUGGAUAUCAAAGUUGCUCACGAACUUGGGUGCAAACUCGACGCCUCCAACCCCAUGUCUGUCGCCGCAGCCAACGGUAACAACAUGAUUAGGAAGUACAAAUGCAACAAUUUCACUUGGUCAGUGCAAGGGUAUUCUUUCACCACUGAAAUAAGGACACUCCCACUCGACUGUUGUGAACUUGUAUUGGGUGUUCAGUGGCUAUCAACACUCGGACCAAUCUUAUGGGAUUUCCUGAAUUUAAUAAUGGAGUUCAACCUCAACGGUCUCAAGCAUGUGCUGCGCGGAGUAACUAAAUCAGGUUGCAAACUGAUCAAAGGAGCAAGGCUCAACAACCUGAUGCUACAACAACCACAGAUUGCCUUGCUACAGAUCCGGGAAGUAGAUACCUCUGAAACUACCUCUCCACUUGUUCCAGAGUCUCUCUUUUCCCACAUCUCAGCGCCCAAGAGCGAGCUAUCUGACGAUCCACUCCUGCAGUCACUUAUAUCCUCAUACUCUGACCUGUUCGAGGAACCUACGAAUCUCCCUCCAUUCAGAGAAGGCUUUGACCAUACGAUCCCGUUGAAAGCUGAUGCAAAUCCCGUGAACCUUAGACCCUACAGGUACUCCUCCUUACAGAAAGAUGCUAUUGAUGAAAUGUUGAAAGACAUGCUCCAACAGGGAAUCAUCCAGUGCAGAAACAGUCCGUAUGCAUCACCUAUUGUGCUCGUGAAGAAAAAGGACGGCGGCUGGCGUCUCUGUGUCGACUACAGAGGCCUUAACACCCAAAUAGUUAAGAAUAAAUAUCCAAUACCUCUGCUAGAAGACCUUCUUGAUGAAUUAGGUGGAGCAGUCUACUUCUCUAAGCUUGACCUCCGCGCCGGGUUUCAUCAGUUGAGGAUGUCUCCUAAUGAUGUGUAUAAGACUGCUUUCAAGUCCCACGCAGGCCACUAUGAGUACCUGGUUAUGCCCUUUGGCCUCUCCAACGCACCUUGUACUUUUCAGAGCCUCAUGAACCAUGUUUUCAAAGACAUUUCAAGGAAAUUCCUCCUAGUGUUCUUUGACGACAUCUUGGUUUACAGUCCAGAUUGGGAAACUCAUAUGAUUCACCUUCAAGAAGUGUUCUCCAUCCUACGCCAACAGCAGCUCUAUCUUAAAGCUUCGAAAUGCACAUUUGGAGCCACAAAGAUUGAGUACUUGGGGCACUUCAUUGAGGCAAAAGGAGUAAGCACUGAUCCAGCUAAGGUGGACGAUAUCAAACGCUGGCCAACCCCUAAUUCUAUAAAGCAAUUGAGGAGCUUUCUUGGACUAGCUAACUACUACAGACGCUUUAUCAGAGGAUACAAUAUACUGUCUCGCCCUCUCACUACACUGCUGCAGAAAGGCGGUUUCAUUUGGAGUCCUGAAGCUGAUACUGCACUUGACAACCUUAAGGAUGCUCUCAGCUCUGCUCUUGUUCUUGCUCUACCGGAUUUCAACAAAACCUUUGUUGUAGAAACGGAUGCUUGCAACACGGGAAUUGGUGCAGUACUUAUGCAAGAAGGUCACCCAAUCUGCUACAUCAGUCGUGCUCUAGGUCCUCGACAGCAAGCACUUUCAGUCUACGAGAAGGAGUUAAUGGUUGUCGUCUUUGCUGUUCAGACAUGGAGUGCAUAUCUCGCACAUCCCCCUUUCAUCAUCAAAACAGACCAAAAAAGUCUCAAAUAUAUGAUGGAACAUAACGCUACUACUCCAUUCCAACAUAUGUGGCUUUCUAAGCUCAUGGGAUAUGAUUUCGAGGUGCAGUACAAGCUUGGGAAAGAAAAUGUGGCCGCAGACGCUCUCUCUCGAGUCUCGGAGUUAUCAUCGUGGCCGGAAGCUCACGGACUUCCGAGAUUGUUUCCUCCACUUAUGUAA